AUGAGGUCAUGUGCCUCUCUCCUAUCCCGGGUGUCCGUCCCAUCCACUCGGCCGGCAUCCCGGACCCUCGGCCGAGCCGUUCGGCCCCUCAUCAUCGGAGGUGCGGCGCAAACCCGGUACAGCUCUCACUCUCCCAUGGGUGCACCUCCGGCCGUUCAACGUAAAAAGGUCACUGUCGGAACUCUUCGUUCCAUGCACCGCAAGGGUGAUCCCAUCACAGUCAUGACAGCUCAUGACUUUCCCAGUGGUCAUGUCGCUGACCAUGCUGGUAUGGACAUCAUCCUUGUGGGAGACAGUCUCGCCAUGGUAGCACUUGGUAUGGAGGAUACGAGUGAGAUUAUCUUGGAAGAGAUGCUUUUACAUUGUCGGUCUGUUGCGAGGGCGACAAAGUCGGCUUUCACUGUUGGAGAUCUACCCAUGGGCACGUAUGAGAUUAGUCCUGACCAGGCUCUUGCUACUGCUAUCCGUUUCAUCAAGGAAGGCCGCGUCCAAGGUGUCAAGCUUGAAGGUGGCAAGGAGACGGCCCCUACUAUCAAGAAGAUUACCACCGCUGGCAUUCCUGUCCUUGGCCACAUUGGUUUGACCCCUCAACGACAAAAUGCACUUGGUGGCUUCCGUGUCCAGGGCAAGACAAGUAGUGGUGCAAUGAGCAUUCUUGAAGACGCCCUUGCUCUUCAGGAAGCUGGUUGCUUCGCCAUGGUUGUUGAGGCAGUUCCUGCCGAGGUGGCCGCGCUCAUCACUGAAAAGCUCUCCGUUCCCACUAUCGGUAUUGGCGCCGGCAACGGUACCUCGGGCCAAGUUCUGGUACAAGUCGAUAUGAUUGGAAAUUUCCCUCCUGGUCGAUUCCUUCCCAAGUUUGUCAAGAAAUACGGUGAUGUCUGGGGUGAGAGCUUGAGGGCCAUCGAGGCGUAUCGGGAUGAAGUCAAGUCGCGCCAAUACCCUGCUCCUGAGCACACAUACCCCAUUUCGGCGGAGGAGUUUGAGAGCUUUACUAAGGCGGUGAAGGAUUCUUAG